AUGGGUGUUUUACUCCAUGUUCUUGGUGAUGCAGCAAACAACCUAGGAGUAAUGAUUGCAGCAUUGGUUAUAUGGCUGACUCAAUAUGAGGCAAGAUUCUACGCUGAUCCUGCCACCAGCCUGGGAAUUGCUGCUAUGAUCAUGCUAUCUUCUAUCCCACUCGUGCGACAAUCCGGUCUGAUAUUGCUCGAAAGCGCACCGAAUGGACUUGACCACGCAGACGUGAAACACGACCUUGAAAAAAUUCCUGGCAUCGUUGCUGUCCAUGAGCUUCAUAUCUGGCGUCUCAGUCAGCAUAAGAUUCUCGCAUCAGUGCAUGUUGCUAUAUCAGACCACUCAGUGUCUGAAUUUUCAAGCCUCACUAGCAUUAUAAAGCAAUGCUUCCACGCCUACGGAAUUCAUUCUGUAACUGUUCAGCCCGAGGCUGCGACUCCCAUAAACACCGAGGGACUGACGUACGAUCAGGAGGGGAUAAAUGAACCGGACUCGCCUCCAAAAUACGCCGACGAAUGCCAGUCCAAAUGCGGCCCUUUGUGCAAAGAUCUGGCAUGCUGUGAAUAG